AUAACUUGUUGUUGCUGAUCCACGAAAAUUGCAAUUUCCUUCGCUGGCGUUCUCCUUCGAUCGCCGCGUUCAGUUUGGUCUCAUCGCUCCAAGCGUCCACAACGUUGCCCGAUGACCGAGGAGCUGCUGACCAGCCGGAGCAGACUCUUCGACGUGCCUGUUAGAAGGCAACACUAUCUGUGAUUCUCCAUGGCCGGGAUGGAGGUGAAGGAGGAUCAGCUACUGCUGCUGGAUACCCUGAUCGGACUGUGGAGCCAAUAUCUCCAGGCCUCGGAGCUCGAAGAUGCGAGUGUCAAGGACCACUGGCUCUGGCUGCUGCUGUAUAAUUUCCAGUUUCUGGAUGAUAAGACCUUGGAAGAUGCAUGGCUUAAUAGCCACUUCAACCUGAUGCCAGAGGAACUUUGUUCCUAUUUGUUAGAACAGGUCUAUCAAAUCAUCAGCGAGGCGAAGAGAUCUCAGGGAAGUAGUCCAGAGCAGGAACCGGAACAACAGGAUAAGUGCAUUAAGCAGCUGCGCAAGCAGCAUAAUCUAGCCCAGCUAAUACUCAGCACUCCCAGUGAUUGCAAUAAGAUUCUUGCCCUGCGGACUUUCCUCACUGAUAAAUUGGGUCAUCACUUGUUGGCUUUUCUGCUGCGCGUGGAUAUCAAGCAUAUUGCUUCACAAAAGAGCCUGUGUCAGCUGUGCAUCAACCUGUUCCCCAACUGCAAGUGGAGCCCGUCAAACGAGCCACUACUUCCCUUGACCAGCAUAUCCCAGUUCAUCGGCAGUUUCUACCUCAAUUCGCAAAGCAAAAAGUUGCGACGCCAGCAUCCGCAAAAAGGUCAAUUAUCCAAUAACAUAUCCAAGGCCAUCAUAUCGAACUUCGAAGACUUUAAGGAGACAACAAAGAGCAGUGAUGAUCUGGCCCUGUUACUCAUCCAAUUGCUCACCAGGUGCGUGGAUGCCGAACAGGAAUCACAGUUGAGCGUGACUGUUCACAACUUCGCACUGGGACACUUGUGCGCCAGUCUGGAGGAGGAUUCAGCAGGCGAUAAUGACGAGAUCAUUAAAUUUGAGCUGCUCCAAUUAAUAGCCCAUUGUGUAAACAACUUUUACGUUCUGGAGCAGCAGCAACCGAAUGUCCAUGAUUUCAAUAGCAAUUUCGGCCAACUCCUUUAUGCACUGACCGCCAACCGAAGGAGUCCCCUGCUGGCCCAUGGUGUGCUAUACAUUAUGUUUGGCACCCUCCAUAAUCUGGUGGAUAAUGGCGUUAAGGAGUUGAAUCAAAUCGAUGUGAGGAACUUUGAUGCCUGCUUUGAAGUUUUGCAAGAAGCAGCGAAGUCAACGAACUUCUCUACUGCCAUAUUCCUGCAUAUAUACAAGAUGCUGCUGCGCCUAACGGACAACCUCUCAAGGCAGGAGCAGCACCUGCAGAGUCUCAUGGAGAGCAGUGCAUCCACCGCUUUGCCCAAGCAGCAGCAACAUCCGCGACAUAAAAGACAGAGGAGCAGUCAACUUCAUUGCCUGGGAGCCAACUCCCUGAGCUGCUUUUUCCAGGGGAAACUUUACCACCUGCUGCCUAGCCUAGAGGCGGAGCUUCAGGAGCACAGUGUGAGGAGUCUUCUUCGUACUGGAAGUUGUUGCUGUCACUACAAUGCAAGAAACUACGCCACUUGCCUUCAACUAGCAACUCAACUUUCCAGCGGUUACCAAAAGUGUGCUUAUAAGUUUUUGCAUUAUAAUGUUCUGCACACCAUCUUUGUGAAGCGGAAUCCUCAGGGAUGUCCUGGAUGUGAGGAUAAACUCAAAUCCCCUGUCUUCCACAUGGCUUUGCUGAACAUAUACAAGGAGAACUAUAAAGCCCUGCUGAACACCCCCGCAAUGUUGCUGUUCCUGAAGCACUUGAAACAUAUCGCCUAUCUGCUGUCCUAUGAUUUGGCCUCUGGAAUUCUAGCGGAGGUAGCUCUUCCGAUUUUCAGGCAGUAUAAAGAGCUGAUUGAAAGUAAAGAAGGACAAAGAAGAAAUAGCAAAGUCGCUUCUCUACAUCCCAAAUUAGAGAACUACAGAGCUCUGCACGAAUGCCUCAGCAUCUUUGUGAUGUACCUGAGCGAUAUUCGCCUGGUUAAAGCUUUCUACAACGAGGAGAACAUCCGUUAUAUGCAGGACUUGUUAGCUAUACCUGAACUCCAGCGGGGAGUAUGUGAUCUGAUCAAGGUGGGCAUUGAUAACAUAGCUUUUCUCGGUGAAAACAGCCAGGAGCAAAUAACGUUAAGCAGGAGACUCAUCCAACUUCAGCUGAAUAGUAGUGACAGGGCUUCUCAGCUGUUCCAGUCUCUGCUGCACAAGUGUUCAAAGAACUCCGGCAUUAAAUUCUGGCUGGAUGAGGGCUCCAAUCCCCCCAAGCUUGAAGGUCACAAGCCAGCAGAUAUACUCUAUAUUACAGCCCUGCAAUGGACCCUGAAUUUUGAGCUUCUGAAGACAAGUCAAUUGUUCUACAACGAAUUUGCCAAAAUCUACUCGAUACCCGUGGAAAUGCUGGAUAACGAGGAUGAGGAGGUGGAGACGCCAACGGCCGAGCAGCUUCCAGAGGAAAAGAAGCUACGACAUGGGGAUAAAAACAUCGUUGACAUUUUGAAGCUAAACUACAAUGCUUUGGGCUGUUUCCUCAUGCUGCCGAAAGCCGCAAUGGGAGCAACCACAUCGUCCACCGCAACCACACCCACUGCUGGUAUAUGCGGCUCAAGUUCAUUGGAAACCCUGGUCUCGCAGCUGCCACUCGGUGGCUCUAGUUCAGUCUCCGUCACAACGGCUGGCAGUUCGGACUACGCGGAUUCUCCUCUGGAUUACGCAUCGGUGAUUAACAAUUACGAUAGUUACUCACGGGACAUGACCACACCCUCGUUCCUGCAAAAACUCCUUUCCGGCGAACCGGAUGAAAGCAUUAUCCUCUUCGACAUCCGUGGCAAUCAGCCCAGAAAGGAUUGCCCCAGUAACUCACUGGAUCUUUUAAAUCAAGAGGAAGUGGCUUCUGCCGAUGGCAUAAUCAACAAACUAUUCAGCAUGGUGGGUUCCCUGUUUGGCGGUAGUCCGGGGAGCGGCGGAAGUGCUAACACUCCGACAAGUGCUAAUAUUGAUGCGGAUUUGUUCUGCCUGUACGAACCCAACGGGGAAUGCAAGAAACUCUUGCUGAAACUCUUCGAGGCGACCAUGGCCAUCUGCAUCAAGGGUUUCCAAAACGAAGAAGUGGAGAAGAUGCAGAAGCACCUGCGCAAGCUGCGAGCCAUUAUUUUAAACCAUGCCACGGAUAAUUGGUCGGAUCAUGGGGAUCAGCAUGCCAGGGAUAAUGCGGUCAUUCAGACUCUACAGACUCUGCUCAAGAUUGCUGAGCUGUCAAGCACUCAUCAAGAACCAGCGGGCGUGGUCAGCAGUCCAUCGGCCGAUUCCCAGCAACCAAGACCACGUGCCAGAUCUUUCAACAGCGGCAGCGUGGAGCUACCCAGAUUGCAGCCCGUCAAGUUGCCGGCCAAGAACUCGCUGGCCACUCCACCCACACCACGAAGGAGGCCCAAUUCCAGUGAGGUGAAUGUAGGUGUGGAUGCGGAUUACUUCUCCACUCGAGCCUCCUUGAGUUGUGCCGCCGACAGCGAACUGGAGCUCAGCGAAAAUGAGCACGAGUUUUACCUCACCGCCGACGAGGGUUACGAGGCGGAUGGCGAAAUUGCGGACCUCAGCGAAUCCGAAUGUGAACUCAAUGGUGGCGUGAUGGCAGCCAACGAAUCGUGGACCCCGUUUCAGCCAUCUUCCCGCUAUCGAACCCACAUCAUGCACCAAGGCCUCAGCCAGCUGGUGGUGCAAAUGCUGGCGGAAUUGUCUCUUCUCUGCAUCAAGCAACCAAAUGGAUGGACCGAGAGCCUAACUCAAUUGGCCAAUCGGCUGUUUGUCAUCAGGGAUUACCUCGGUGGUCCACUGUGCCUGCUCAAAGGUUUUUCGCCGAUCCUAAGCUGCAGUGAUCCGAGAUUGAGGGAACUGCAGCAAUCGAUCCUCGAGUUGGUUACCCAUCUAAACACUCCUGAGGUGCUGCAGUGUUACUACUCCAUCCUGGCCUCCAGACACCCUCCCGUGGAUCUGUUGAUGAGGCACAUGCACCAUAUCUCCUCUGGAUCGCUCCGUAAAGCCCAGCCCUGCAUGGAGUUGGACUUUCCAAUCAAUACGGAUGGCAAAAUAGUGAUCACCUCGGAGCCGCUGGUCAGCGAACAGAUCGAAAGAGUGCGUCUCCAUCACCAACAGUGCCAAACGAGUACGCUGUUUACUCGGGCCGCUUGCAUUUUCCCGGUUACCCAAACACGUCUAUGGCAACCAGAUGGCCUGACCCUGUCAUUAUGGUUGGAGUUAAGAGGUCAGCAGAUGCACCGUAGCUCCAUGCAAUUCAACGAUGAUGAGACGCGCUAUUCAGGAGAGGAUCUAACAAAACUCCACCUUCUUUCUUUGGGGACCAAUCAAGCCAUGGUCAGCAUUUACAUCAGCCACAACAUGCAGCUAGUCUUCGAGUUAGUCAAACCAAAUGAGCAACUAGCUCCAGUACGCGUGGAUGAGCAUAUAGAGGCCAACGCAGAUACGGCCUCCGUAAUUUCAGCAAACACUCAGGCGGCAAAUGCGGGAACCAUUCGACAAGCCCUCAAGCAGACCAAGCUAGCGCUGCUCAAUAGCUUUGGGCAGAUGCACUUGCUCAAUGGUCAUCAGACUUCUCCGGAUUCAUCUGGUGGCUACUUCGAGGGCACCGCCGUGCAGUUGCAGCAUUUACGAUUACCACGUCACAAGUGGAUGCAUUUGGUCUUCGGCCUGCAGCAGCAAGGAGAUGCCGUAGAGAUCAGCAUAUUUCUGGAUGGUUUGGAGCAACACACUAUGCGUUUGCCUUUCCACAAUCUACGUCAGCUCACUAGGGUACACAGCUUUCAAUUGCUUGCUAUUGGUGAAGGUCAACCGACCAAGAGUCCCGGCAGCAGCUCCUCCUCGCGAUCCACUCUAGAUGGUUCAGCCCCCCGAUACGCCCUAUCAAAUGUGAUCCUCUUCAGGCGUCGUCUGGUGGAUCCUUUGCUCUUGAUGAAUCUCACGGCCAUGGGACCAGAUUUCACCGAGUUCACACAGUGCCAAGUGGCCAACUGGAAGCCCAACUAUGGCUUCGUAACUCUAAGCAAGUUGGCGACCUCGAAUUUCGGCAACCAUCUUGACUGCAUGCGCAGGUUGAGGCAGGCGAGAGUUCUGGUUUACACGGCUCAGCAGCCGGAUCUAGUGAUGAGCUACGAUGCUAGCCAGGAACUGGACAUGGGCUGUUAUGGGCAGCCUUACGGACAUAUGCUUUAUGGGGAACUGCAGCAACACCAACCACAGACCCUUCAGUCAGCCACAAGCCUCAGCGGUGGACUCUCCACGCUGUUGUAUCUCUUUGCCAGGAUUGUUGAACUCAUUGGCAAUGCAAACACCCAGGCUUUGGCUUUGGAUCUGUUGCUUCAGGUAGCUCAUUCAGAUACACAGCUAUACACGGAGUUUCAGCGUCAGGACUAUCUGGCUCUAAUUGGCUACGUGAUCAAAUCGGAGAAGUGCUGCAAGGAUGUCCAGUUACUCCGAAGCAUUGUGAACAAUGCGUGUUCCCAGGCUCUGAUCAGUCGGAAGGGUGAUUCUCUGAAUGUCAACGACAACACAAUGGCUACUCUGGUGUAUCCUCGUCUGCUUCUGGCUAUACUGCAGCGCUAUUCCGACUGGCAUCGCUCCGGAGCCACCCACUCCGAUGUACUAGAUAUGCUUUUCCGCUGUAUUUUGGCUCUCACAAGGGACAAGCAUCCGCAAAGAGAUUUUAACAUGGAACAACUCCAAAAAUCCGGUUUGCUGGGAGCCCUUCUCAACCUGUGCAAGGUAUAUGUGAUAGAGUCUCCCAGCCCGGUUCAGAUAUCGCCGUAUGCAGCCGAGUGUUUUGUCCAGAUUCUGGCAGUGUUUGCUGGAUCACCUCCUGAUUCCUCUAUGCUGGAUGAGAUCAUGAAAUUACUCCUGCUGCUCCACAAGCCCAGCGAGUGUUAUGUGACCCACGAUCGCUCGCACUUCUACUUCCUCCUUACGGCUCAACAACCGGCUAAGGAAAGAUCCCUGGUAGCAGCCAAUUUGAGCAGGGUGACCACUUCUCUGCGGAGGCAAUUGCAUCCCCAGCCCCAGGAACUGGAUCCUGAGAGAGCGGAGAGAAUAAAAAAAUUGCGACGUCUCCAUGCCAAUACAUCCGGCUACAGAAAAGCUGUUAACGAAUUCGAAGAGCAACUGGAACAGAUGGCCGACUGCUCGAAUCUGAACAAGACAGCCUUGAGACUGCUCAGUCCUGUGGAGGCGACUCGCUGGCGUUUGAAAUUCAAGCGACGGCAUCCCACAAGUACCAACAGUCCCAAGCGGAGUCCGUUGAAGAUAGCUCGCAGGCGCAUUCACCCACAUUUGCACCUCGGGAAGAUCUGGCAGCCUUCGGGACAUAGUACUCCCAGCUCUGGGCAGUCGUCACUGCCAAAUAGAAAAACAGACUUCUACGAUCAGCAGGGAAUCAUCCGUCUGCAGCAACGCCUUCUUAUCCUAUUGAAGGACUUCUUAUGUCUACUGCCUGAUUCCUCAGUGGAUGUCGUCACCCGUCACUACGUAAAACUGGAAUUGCUCCUAGUUCUUGCCAAUCAACGUAGCUGUGCCGUUCGACAGGCUAUUAUUCAGUUGCUGGAUGUGCUAACAAAACGUCUGCCUAGCGGGGAGCUGAAUGCUGCUACCAAAUUGAUGUAUCCCCUGCAUUUGGCCAAUCAGUUGACCAUCCAUGGAUGUGAUAUUGGCAUGUUUGAGGCCUGCCUGGCUUGGAUAAGCGGGAUGCAUGGCAAUUUGACGGAUAUGCUCAACUGUGAAACACCCCUGAGGAUUCGUCAGCGCUUUGCACUCCAAUCUCUGCUGGCCAUAGCGGAGGGAGCGGAUCCUCAGAGGGUGUUUAAAGCACUCCAACGACUUUUUAUGCAGAAUCCUGAUGAUCAGGCAUGUCUGAUUGAGGCAGGACUGCUGCAGUGUUCAGUCAAGGCACUCUACAAGAUCUACUCCUUACGACUGGGUCAAUCCAACGUGGAUGAAUCCAUUGUUGAACUACUGACGAGUAUUGGUGAGCGAGCUCUGCGUUCUGUGGGGCAGAUAAAUCUCGUUUGGGACAUCCUCAACCUACUGGCCUUCUACCAGGACAAGCAACCUCAGCUGAUAAUGCGCAGUUUUCGCACUGUCCAAGCUCAACUUCAGCUUGAGUGGCUCACGAAGUUCUUUGAGCCCAACAGUUUCCGAAUUGCAAUGACUAAUGAUUCUGCUCUGAGUCAAACGGAACUACGCACCCGGGUGGAACUGCUUAUCGAUCGUUGCACCCAGUUCUUCACCGUUGGUGUGGGCCAGACUACCGGACCCACCUACGUGGCCAGUUCCCAGGAACUUGCUCUUUUCCAGCUGCUCGUUUCCUAUGGGAUUUCCAGCAAUCAGCGGUGCAACAACUUCAUUGCCUGGGGCUUGCAACCUUCGCGUCCACGGGAUCUGCGCUCCUACAUUGUAGACGCUUUGUGGCGAUCCCAACAAGAUGAGUUUCAGCGGGCAAUCAUCUGUGAUGGCAAAAUGAUCAAAGCGCUACUCUGGCUGUCUUUGCUUGAGGACUUGGCGGAGCCUAUAGAGAACCUUCAGCGACUUUGUGAUGCCUUGGGUAUCAAGGAGAAUGAUUCCUCGUGGAAUCUGGUACAUGAGUUGGAUCGCCUGGAUCAGAAUCGCAGCAAUAUGGCUGCCAAGCAGAAGACAUUGCUGGAAAAGACUGUGUAUAGGUUUGAGCCAUUGGUUCAGCACUGCAUAGAGUCGUCUAUGGUGACUACCAGAAAGGUGGCAGAGCUACAGAAUGCUGAACGCAAAGCUCUAAUGUGUCACAUGAAGGUGUACGAUGAUACCUAUACCUACACCAAGUGGCUGGAGAUCAUACGUCGAAUGACGCACGAGGGCGCUCCUUGGCACUCUGCUGAAAGAGCUGAAUGUUCUUGGGAACUGGACGAUACAGAGGGACCCUCCCGAGUUCACACUCGUCUACGUCGCUGUCACCUCGACAUUGAUCGCCGCUUCUUUAUGAAUGAAUAUAGACCAGGGCAAGGGCAACGCGAAGAUCUGGAGCCAUAUGUACGACCUCUGGAUUACCUGAUAGCCAGUUACGAUCAGCAAUUGAACAUAUCGCUGAAUUCCCAAAUUUUGUACAACUUUGCGGCCAAAUUCCUGCCUGUGGAUGGGGAGAUCGAGGGUGAGAUUAUAAUCACUGAUCUAAAACUCUACUUCCUGGCUACCUACCGGUGUCGGUACUUCAACGUUAACUGUGAUAUCGCCAACAUAACGGAGAUCUGGCUGAAGCGUUACCAGCACCAAGAACUGGCAUUCGAGAUACUCCUGGACACCAACAAGUCGCUGUUCUUCUCGCUGCAGAACGCCGACGACUGGAAGAUCAUGCGCGAGGUAUUCUGUGAUAAAAUCGUAGCCACGCCUGAUCAGGCCAAGGUGCUGGCCAUCACCCAGCAGUGGCGCGAGGGUCUCCUCACCAACUGGGAGUACCUAAUGACUUUAAACCAAAUCGCCGGGCGUACUUACAACGAUCUCAUGCAGUAUCCAGUAUUUCCCUGGGUGCUGGCCAACUACAACUCGGAGAUUUUGGAUCUGAGGGAGGGACAUAACUUCAGACGUCUUGGACGACCCAUUGCCGUGCAGCUGGAAGAGAACGAGAAGCACUACAUCAGCAAUUAUACGUACAUUGAUAGCACCAAUACAACCAUGGGCUCCCUGAUCCUUAAGCCGUAUCACUACAGCUCUCAUUACUCGAAUUCCGGCACUGUGCUUCAUUUCCUAGUAAGAGUUCCACCGUUUACCAGCUAUUUCCUCCGCUACCAAGACAAUGAUUUCGAUCUACCGGAUCGCACGUUCCAUGCCCUUAACACAACUUGGAAGCUAGCCAGCCAAGAUAGUCCCACAGAUGUGAAGGAACUCAUUCCGGAAUUCUUCUGCCUGCCGGAGAUGUUUGAGAAUUUUGAGCGCUUUAAGUUCGGUUGUCGACAGAAUGGGGAACGGGUGGAGGAUGUCUCACUGCCUCCAUGGUGUCAGCGGGACUCCCGUCUCUUUGUGCUAAUCCACCGACAGGCUUUGGAGUCGGAACUGGUGCGGAAUCAGAUACAUAAUUGGAUAGACCUGAUCUACGGCUAUAAACAGAGUGGGGAGAGUGCUGUAGAAGCCAUUAAUGUGUUUCAUCCAGCGACCUACGCCGUAUUCCUGGACUCCGAGAUCAGCGAUCCCAUUGAAAGAGAAGCAGUCAAGACAAUGGUGAAGACAUAUGGUCAAAUGCCUAGACAGCUCUUCAAGUCACCACAUCCGGCGACUAAGGCUCUUGACUACUCACUGGUUGACAAACCAAUAGUGUCCACUGUACGGGGUCUGCGAUGGGGGGUCUAUGUGGGAUCGCCGCAGCUGAAAGCUCCCUCAUGGGCAAACAUCCACAAAAUACCAGGCACUGAGCAUUUGGUAAGCUUCAGCAACACCAACGUGGUAUAUGCUCUUCCGGGAAGGGCGAGUGUGAUGCAGGGAGCUGAGCCCGAUACUUACAACGUAAUCUCCUGGGGUUACGAUGAUCGCAUUGUAAGGAUCCAACCACUCAACAAACCACAGGCCAAGCCAAAGAACCUCCUGCACAAUGGGACCUUCGACGAUAUCACUGCUUGUGGAUGUGAUGUGAACACGAGUCAACUUUGGUUUGGCCACAAAUCCGGCCGGAUAAGUGUGUACAAGUGCACUGGAGGAAUGGAUUCCCAGCAACGAGCCUCAGCAAAGAGCAGGCAGAGCUAUGCCCGCGGAUUCAGUUUAUCCUACAACUCUGCCUUCCGGAAGAUGACCAGCAAAGGAAUAGGAGGCGGUGUGCCGGAAAGGGUGGAUGAGAUGGGAAAUCUCCACUCCACCAAUUCUGCAUCAUCAGUUAACUCAGCCAGCAACAUCUCCGGCAGCGACGCUUUCCAGAGGGAUGGAGCCGAUCUUAACUGGCUGGGACCCACUUUGCUGGUACGGCACACUGACGAAAUCACCUGCAUAACCCUGUCCGUGGAGUUUAAGAUUGCCGUGACUGCGGGACGCGAUGGCAUAGCCGUUAUCUGGGAUCUCAAUGACUGGAGCUAUGUACGAACAAUUGCCCGCCCGGCAGAAAUUCAUCAAUCCCCUAUAACGCAUGUGGCCAUCAGUCCCACGCUGGGGGACAUUGUCACAGUACAUACUCUGCCCCAACCUUCAACCGUCAGCUCGGAUGCAAAGCCUUUAACAACGGCGACACGACCCAAUUCCCUCAACGUCGCCGACGAAUGCUUCGAGGUCACGGAAGAAAGCCUGGAUGACUUCGUCAAUGUGAAUGUAAAUCCCAACGGGAAGUCUAUUUUGAGGCUGCACUCGGUCAACGCGCGAUAUGUGCAGCAUCUAGUGCACGAGGAUCGCAUCCUAGCCGUUUGCUACUCGUACAUCAAGGAGGGAGUGGGAGUCAAUGUGAUAGCCACCGCUGUGGAAGGCGGAUUUGUGCGUUUUUGGUCCAGUUGGAACCUAAGCUUUGUCAGUGAACUGACUACAGGCACUUCGCCUAUUCGGAGCAUUUGCUACUCAACACAUCAGCAUUUGGUGGUGCUAACGCGAGAAUCCCACAUUCAAGUCUGGGAGUCAGAGGGUCUGUAUGGGAAUGCCCCGAAGUUCCCACAAAUCGUCUACAAAUAAGGUUGAUGGGAAUAGGAUCAGUUCGAGCACUCAACAUACUCAAUAACUAAACUCAAAGCAUAUCAAUGACAGACACAUAAAAAGCAGCUGAAUCAAAGAACAAUUUUUUGUCCGGUCGCCGAGAAUGUUUCCUUCUAAAAGAUAUUAAAAUAGGCAUUCCCUUGCGACCGCCACAAAAUUGAUAUAUCAAAAGACUAUAAGAUUUGUAGGCUUAAGUCUCAUAGAGCUGUAAAAUACACCUUUUGUACCAAAACUUUUAUUAUUAUUUAACUUUCGUAUUUGUUUUCCCCGUGCCGCAUACAAAUGCCUGCGCUGCCUUCAAUUGUUGAUAUUAUCAAAUAAACAAUCAUAUUUUGCAGAAA